GCGUCGCCUGCAGUGCAAGGAAGUGAAAGUAGCAGAGAGACGACCACGACAGAGAAAGGGUCGAGUCGGAACCACAGGAUUCAGCAACACUUUACCAUCGGAGUUCAGACCACAGAACUGAUCUUACAUCGGAUGUAAGAUCACAAAACAAGCUGCAACACUCUCCCAUCGGAUUUAAGGCGUAUCCGUCUCGCUGAGGUUAGAAUAGACCGAGGUUGCACAGUGAUCUGGGGUUAGAACAGACCGGGGUUGAACAGUGAUCUGGGGUUAGAAUAGUCCGGGGUUGAACGAUGAUCUGGGGUUAGAAUAGUUCGGGGUUGAACAGUGAUCUUGAGUUUGAAUAGUCCUGGUUGAACAGUGAUCUGGGGUUAGAAUAAACCGGGGUUGAACAGCGAUCUGCAACAACAGGUUGUUCAGUGUGUGGAACUCCAAAUGCGUGCGGGUAUUCCGUGACAUGCUGGAGAGGAACUGGUCGUGACUUCAACAUGAUGAACGGUAAGAGCCGUCUGCAGUGGGCGGAGGAGGAGGUGUCGGAGGUGAAGGGCAUCAUGAUGGAGAACCUGAAGAAGGCCGACGAGAGGGCCGACAAACUGGAGGACCUGGAGGACCGGGCCGAGGACAUGCUGGCCAAGAGUAAAAGUUUCGAGAAGACCACCCAGAAGGUGAAGCAGAAGAAGCGCUGGGAGAACAUGAGGACGAAGAUGGUGCUGGUGGGGGUGGGGGUGGCUGCCCUGCUCAUCGUCAUAGGCAUCAUCAUAUACUACAUCGUCAGGUCCACCAACGGAGGGGAGUAGCUUCGAUGCUAACCCGAUGCUAACAGGAAAGGGUUCCCUUCCCUGAGGAAGUUCCGGUGAGCGGCAAGGCUGAGACCUCGGACCAAGACGAUGUUUUGGUGUUGAAGCUGCUCGUUCAGAUUCAUUCUUUGGUUUGAGGGUUGUAAAAAAAAAGGCCUUCAAAGCUGUUGUAGGUAAGAUUUGAGAAUAGGAAGGAGAGAGAGAGAACCAAUCAGGAGACAGGCUCUGAUUGGUGAGGAAUGAGCAGGCUCGAUUUAAAAUAAAAACGCUCUCAUACAGAGGCAGGUCCAACCAGAGCAGAUCUUCUCACAGAGCAUUUGACUCACUAACAGUGGAUCAAUGGCGAAGGCAUUUCCAACUAAUUACACUCAAAUGACAGUUUGAAGAUCUUACCUACAGCGCCUUUGAAGACCCUCCUAAUCAUUGUAUGUACUUUUAAGUGUGUUUGUUUUUUAAUAUGGUACCAUCAGCUGCUUCUGCUUAAAGAGAACUGGUAAAAGACAUUAUUCCCUAGAGAUCUGGAGGAGAGAUGCUUCACUGACCACCACGUCACUGAGUAAAAACCUGUGUUCUAGGGGAACAUGUACAACAAAUUGUAACACCUGUCUUGUAAAAUAGUAAUCUCCAUACAAUACAAUCCUAGUAGACAUUGUUGCUCAAUUACAUGACAUUUUUUGGUUUAGGCUUAACUAUACUCAAAUUUCAGUCUUUAUUUUGGAUAUCCUUCACUCGAAUGUUUCAACAUAGAAAGUGAAACAAAUAAGGGAGAAGUAUGAAGUAUUGGGUUUUUUUAUUGAGGUGAAUGAGGAAGGAAGUAAAGGAAUAGACCAGUUUCACUUGGUUUUGUUUUUGUUGAAAUUAAACCAGGCUCUUCACCCAGUCAGGUAUUGUGGUUGGAGAAUAAGCUAACUCCUUAAUAACUGAUGGAGAAUCAGUUACAACAAAUAACCCUUCCUCUUUCCUUUCUUUUAGCACUAUAGUACUGAUCUCAACUUGCCGUGAUGUCAUUUGCAUUACUUUCAGAAUGUAGCGUGUCUUUGACGUUAAGUCCUUCAAGAAAAAGAGAGCUCUGAUGAUGAUAGAGUUGAUGUGAGAGUUGGGGGCUCUGUUGAGGUGAGAGUUGUGAGAGCUCUGUUGAUUUGAGAGUUGUGAGAGCUCUGUUGAUUUGAGAGUUGUGAGAGCUCUGUUGAUUUGAGUUUUGUGUACAAACUUCGCUGCAGAGCAAACAGCCAACUGAGCUCCAAACACAGAGACACUUUUGUGUUUAAUUUUAGUCUGGCUUCUAUUCUCAGCGGUGUUUUGAUUUUUCUUGUUUUUGAUCUCUGAAUGUAUAAAUAUCUCAUAGCCCACAGUUGAAUAAAUAAAUAUAUAUAGAUAGAAAAAAUGUAUGUUAAA